UCCCAGGGAGGGUGCGGGCGUCGUCUCCGCGGCGGGCGAACCCCCGAGCCUACCCGUCUCGCCAUGAUCGACUCGGUGAAGCUGCGCCGCGACAGCGCGGCCGACUUCUACUCGCACUACGAGUACCUGUGCGCGCUGCAGGACUCGGUGCCGCUCGCCGCCGUGCGCGCCUGCCUCCGCGAGGGCGUGCUGGACUUCGACGCCGACCGCCUCCGCGUCGUGGACUGGGCGCCCCUCCUGAGCACCCUGAAGGUUAACAAAAACCUGCCCUUGAUCUCUAUAAAGAGUUUCUUCCAACCGUGGCUUGGAGAAACAGUUUCUGACAGAAGUAAAGUUUAUAGAAGUCGGAUUCCUGCGGUAAGAUCCAGAGACAUAUCCUUCCAGCUGUGUAAAGCCCUGAAAGGCUGUUUAAGUGUAUCAGGUGCUCUCAGGAACCUGGAGCUGAAUGGGCUGGUUCUGAGAGAGAGAGAUUUGACUGUUUUAACAAAGGGAUUGAAUAAAUCAUCUUCUUUGGUGCACCUGUCUCUUGCAAAUUGUCCAAUUGGAGAUGGAGGUUUACAAAUUAUUUGUCAAGGUAUAAAGAACUCUAUCACUCUAAAGACUGUAAACUUCACGGGGUGUAAUCUGACAUGGCAAGGAGCAGAUCACAUGGCCAAGAUCUUAAAGUAUCAGACCAUGAGAAGACACGAAGAAACCUGGGCUGAGAGUCUUCGCUAUAGGAGACCUGACCUUGACUGUAUGGCUGGCUUAAGGCGUGUCACUUUCAACUGCAACACACUUGUUGGUGACCUAGGAGCAAGUGCAUUUGCAGAAUCUCUUAGUGAGGAUCUAUGGCUUAGAGCACUCGACCUGCAGCAGUGUGGCCUCACCAAUGAAGGAGCAGAAGCUUUUCUAAAGGCCCUUGAAACCAACAGAACUUUGGUCAUUCUGGAUAUAAGAAAAAAUCCACUCGUUGAUCAUUCAGUGAUGAAAGCAGUUAUCAAAAAAGUUAUCCAGAAUGGAACGAGUGCUAAGUCAGAGUACCAGUGGAUAACAUCUCCAUCAGUAAAGGAACCAUCUAAAACUGCUAGACAGAAAAAGAGAACUAUAAUUCUGGGAAGUGGACGAAAAGGAAAAGCUACUAUUCGAAUUGGAUUGGCUACAAAAAAACCUGUAAACAAUGGAAGAAAACACACCCUUGGUAAAGAACAUUAUGCCCCUGAACCUCUACCACCUGGUGUGUCAGGUUUCCUGCCCUGGCGUACUGCAGAACGAGCAAAGAGGAACAGGGGUUUUCCAUUAAUCAAAACUCGUGAUGUCUAUAACCAUUUGCAGCAAUCGGAUUUUCCUGUGACUGUGACGGUAGAAAGUGCUUCAUCCUCAGAAAUCGAAGAGGUUGACGAUUCUUCAGGAAGUGUUCACGAAGUGCCUGAGAAAACUAGUGUGAAACAAGAAGCGCUACAGGAGAAACUGGAGGAGUGCCUAAAGCAGCUAAAAGAGGAAAGAGUAAUAAGGCUUAAGGCUGAUAAACGAGUAAAUGAGCUGGAAUGUGAAAAUGCGAAGUUAAGAAAUAUAAAUUUCUCCUUGUCUGAAGCUCUUCAUGCACAGUCAUUGACAAGCAUGAUCCUGGAUGAUGAAGGCGUUUUGGGCAGCAUUGAGAACUCUUUUCAGAAGUUCCAUGCUUUCUUGGAUCUCCUUAAAGAUGCUGGGCUUGGGCAGCUUGCCACAAUGGCUGGUAUAGAUCAGUCAGAUUUUCAUAUACUAGGUCGUCCCCAGAUGAAUUCUACUAUUAGUAAUGUACCUAAAGAAGAAAAGAAGGCACUUGAAGAAGAAAAACCAGAAUCAAAGCAGAAUGCCCUGGGGCAAAUGCAGAAUAUCCAAGUUUCUAUUUGUAUGCAGUCAGCUUACAAUGAAGGAACAGUAAUGAAGUUUCAGAAAAUUACGGGUGACGCUAGAAUUCCUUUGCCUGUCAACUCCUUCCAAGUCCCAGUUUCUACUCAGGAGGCCUUAAUAACUUCCGAAGACACCUUGGCGGUCCCGGGUACCGAGGAGCGACAGGAGCCUUUUGAAGAAUUCCUUGCUAGAGCGUGUUCUCCUCCAGCAGCUGCAACUUCUGAAACUGGAAGUCAAAGAAAAGAAGAGGAGUUGUCCAGAAGUAGCAGAUCCUCUUUAGAGAAAAUGACCAAAACAGGUGAAUGUACCAAAAAACACUCUGCUAAGAGACAACAUGGAAAGGAUCUGCAUUUCCACUCCAACUCUGCUGUAAACCAGAAAAGCAAAGGAAUCGGGGGCAGUAGUUCUUUGAUUAAUGAGCCAAUUAAAAGUGAGUCUUUGAAAAAACACCUUUCUGCCAAGAAAGAAGGUGGAAUAGUGACUGUUUCAUCCAAGACAAAUAAAAGUAAACCCAAUCCAUUAGAACAUUCUGAAAGUGAUACUCUUGGGUCUGAUUUUGAAUUUCAGGAAAGUAUCCAUACUCUGUCACGUCUGACAUAGGUCUAAGUCUUCUGAAAUUAUGUUUUUGCCUUCAAAUUUUAAUAAAUUUUCUUACGUUUUCA